GAUUAAUUAUGCUGAUGAAUGAUUAUAGCUUUUUUUAAGUAGCUCAGUCUUGUGUUAUAUAACGAGGUCCUUUGGAGUUGAUUAUUGAUUGACUAUUACUUACAGUCUAGUCACUAUCACUGUGCCACUGCUACAGUAGGGUUAGGUCAAAUACAUUGAUUGAACACUGUAAAAAAACAAAACCCAAUGCUUCUCAAUGUUUUGUUACAAUUGUUAAGUCAGUAUGUUAUACGUUUUAUUUUGAAACAGGAAGUGUCCUGUAACUUGUCAGGUGACUUAUAAUCAGGAAGUGAAGGAAGAGCGUGGCUCAGAGCCGCUGUUUUCUGUAGUUUUCCAAUCCAGUUGAGUCUGCCUGCAUCUUAUGCCUUUUGAUAGCAUCAUUGAGAACUGCCAAUUUGGAAAGGAAGACAAGAAAGGAAGGAACCCCUCUAACUGAAGAUCUGAGUGACUGCCGGUGAGAGUGGAGGACGCAUUUAAAGAGACACUGCAGCGGGCAUUGUAGAGUUAAAGUGCCACAUCGAGCUCCCCUCAGCGAACGCAGAACUUGUGUCAACCCCCUUCCUGGGAUUGUAAAGAGGACCCAGGGACAGCGUGCUGCCAGCAUCUGCCUGGCUGCCCAGCAUCGGCACAAUGAGUGAGAGUCGAAGGGAAGCGCUGGCGGCGCCCGAGCCCGAGCCCACCACCGCCUCCUCCUCCACGGCCGGCUCCAACACCACCAACAUGGCCGGCCCGGGCACCGGCGAGAAGGACGAGGCCUUCUCCAAGCUGAAGGACAAGUUCAUGAAUGAGCUGAACAAAAUCCCAUUGCCGUCAUGGGCCAUCUUCUCGAUCGCCUUCGUGGCCAUCAUCCUGGUGUUAGCAUGCUGCUUCUGCGUCUGCAAAAAAUGGAUAUUCAAGAAGAAAAACAAAAAGAAGGGCAAAGACAAGGGCAAAAAUGCCAUCAACAUGAUGGACGUCAAGGAUGGAGCCAAAACCGAGGAUGAGGAGGAAGCAGAGACAGGGCUGACUGAAAUGGAGACAGAGGCAGAGCCCAAGGAGGACCAGAAACUGGGCAAAUUACAAUACUCCCUGGAUUACAAUUUCACCGAGAAUACGCUCAUGGUGGGGAUCAUCCAGGCCGCAGAGCUGCCUGCUAUGGACAUGGGUGGCACAUCCGACCCAUACGUAAAGGUCUACCUGCUGCCUGACAAGAAGAAGAAGUUUGAGACCAAGGUCCACAGGAAGACCCUCAAUCCUGUCUUCAAUGAGCAGUUCACUUUCAAGGUCCCCUACGUGGAGCUCGGGGGAAAGACACUGAUAAUGACGGUGUACGACUUUGACCGCUUCUCCAAACACGAUGCCAUCGGCGACAUCAAGGUGACCAUGAACAAGGUGGACUUCAGCCACGUAACGGAGGAGUGGCGGGAUCUGCUGAGCGCUGAGAAGGAGGAGCAAGAGAAGCUGGGCGAUAUCUGCUUCUCUCUGCGAUACGUUCCCACCGCUGGCAAGUUGACCGUGGUCAUCCUCGAGGCCAAAAACCUGAAGAAAAUGGACGUGGGAGGCUUGUCAGAUCCAUAUGCGAAGCUCCACCUGACGCAAAACGGCAAGAGGCUGAAGAAGAAGAAGACGACAAUCAAGAAGAACACCCUCAACCCUUACUACAACGAGUCCUUUAGCUUUGAAGUCCCGUUUGAACAAAUCCAGAAAGUGCAAGUUGUUAUAACUGUUCUGGACUAUGACAAGAUCGGCAAGAACGAUGCCAUUGGCAAGGUCUUUGUGGGCCUCAACAGCUCGGGGACGGAGCUCCGCCACUGGUCCGACAUGCUGGCCAACCCCAGGAGACCCAUCGCCCAGUGGCACGUGCUGAAGCCCGAGGAAGAGGUGGACGCUCAGCUCUCCACCAAGAAAUAGGCAGGGCCCUUUCAGCACCUGCCUUGUAGUACUCUUUAGCCAGUAUGUGUAAAUACCUCAGUGAUAUAUGAGUCCAUCCAUGUUACCCCCCCCACCCCCUCUUUACCCUGCCUCUCAGUCUCAUCCAGCUUCACCGCUCCUGAUAUCACAAACAGUCCUAAUUGUUCAAACUUCCUGUGACCUCCCACCCUCUGCUUUUCUACUAUCAGAUUCCCUACUUUGUUUUGCUUUCUCUUUUGAUUUUGUUCCUCUCUGAUUCAGCAGUUUUUGUUCUUCAUCUCUGUGCCCUUAACCGCCCCGACCAAAUGCCCCCUUCUUUUAAGCAAUAUGAUCUGUAUAGAUAGCGCAUGACUGAAAGAAUUUAUUGUACCACAGUUGUAUAUAUAAGUAUGCAGACAAACAUGAUUUCUAGUUUAUGUGUUUGUAUGUUGUUACCCGUUUCCUAAUCUGUGUAUAUCUUGAUGUUUUUAAUAAGAUGUUCUAUUUUAAAUGAUGUAAAUGCAGAUAUAGAGGAAAGCCAAUAUUAUAUAUCCCAGGAUUUAAAGAUUCUACCUUAUUACCUUAUUGCAUUCCAGAAAAAAAGGAGAAUUCCAACCUGCAAGACACUAGUGGAAAUAUAUUCACGUUAUAAAGGACAAUGUCUGUUCAGCAAAGGAUCAUUGCAGAAAAGACAGAUGAAUAUAUACACUCAAAACUCCAAAAUACAAGGCCAUUAACUGCUAUGGUUCUGAGGGGGAAAUGAUGCUGCUGGAAAUUAUACAAGCACAUGAUUUCUUACAACUUUUUGUACUUAUUUCUCAAUCAGAGGACCGAUAUGUUUAGCUUGAGGCACACUGUUACCAGAAACAAUAGUUAAUGCAAACCAGUUAGCAUUUAUUUGAUCCAUAUUUGGCAGAAUAAGUGAAAUAGGUCCUCGUUUCAAAGGCCAUCGUUCACUUAAACUGACUCCUUCUCUUUUUCAAAAGUGAAAUAAUAUUGCCUCCAAACAAAGACUCAUUUCUCAACCUUUAAAAAACCGACCCCAUGUGAAAAAAGCACCAAGCUGUAGCCAUUGUGUCCUUAACCUCGUUUAACAAUAUUUUGUUAACUGUUUACUUUGAACAGCCUUGUCAGAGGGUCCGAUCUUUGAGAGGGAGUAAAGAUAAGAAGAGAAAAAAAAGAGUUGUGACUCUGGUUUUAAGAGGACUAUUUUUUAGAGCAAUUCAACGUCUUGACUAUUUUUCGUAAACUGCAUGAUUUUUUUUACAAUCUUUACUAAAGGCUGGGACGAGGGGGAGAUCUACUGACACCAGGGGCCGUCUCUUCUGAUACAAUCCCCUUGCCUUCAAUCAGAGGAGAGCAAAGAAAAAACCAGAGUGACGUCUCAACGUUCAAUGUAUACGGUUAUGUUGACGGAGGCGAAGCGAGUUCUAAACACUGCCAUUUUCAGAGGAGACUUAUGUAAAGAUCCUCUCUUCAUGAACACUCCCACUUGCUAGUGGUUGUAGCUUUGGUUUGUUGGGAACAAUGUCUUUGGCUGCAAUGGUGCCCUGAAUCGCAGUCUUUGCUUUGCGUUGCCUUCUCACAGUGACAAAUAGAGCUAGCCAUGUUUUACUGCCAAUUUUAACUUUUAUGUGGCUGCUGUUUUGCACUGGAUGUCUUUGAACUAGCUUGUUGACUUCUUUAAGAACAAUUUUUUGGAUAAUUGCUGUGCUGGGCUUUAAUUCAGGACACCUGCGGCGGGAGGCCAGAAAUCCGCCUGCUCGAUCGUCUUAACUAAAAAGAAAUAAUGAAGAAAGCAAUGAUGACAAAUCACGUUUCAGCCGACAGCAGUUGCAUCAGUUUUGUUUUCUUGUUGGCACAGGACUACACCACGAGCGAAAUAACCGUAAAGUUAAUGGUCUGCGUAGGCUCCAUCGCGUCCUUUACUACGGGUCCGAUUAGCAAAGGAAUAAGUUUGAAUCCAUGAAAACCAUGAAGUCUCUUAUCUUGGAGGAACCUCUUGCAUAUACUCAAUGCUAUAGCUUCAGGAGGACUUUCUAAAUGUUUUCAAUGUUAUUGUGUAGUUGAUAGCACUAAUAUGAAAAAGCUACUUGUCAUUCCAUAGGAGUCUCUGAGGACUGCUUUGUGUAUCACUGUGACUGCCGUGUGUGCUUAGAGAUGUAGACUUAUCAAUAGGUAGCGAAACCAGUUUGUUCUGUAGUGAUGUUGUAGCGUUUACUGCCAUUUUCCCCUUCUACACGCAGAUAAAGAGCGCGAGAGAGAGAGAGCGCGUGCGUGGCGUCGCCAGACUGCACGCGGCAAAAAAAUAAAAGGCAGAAAGACAUUUUAUCUGAGCGUGAGUGGGUCGUUUCACACAGCAUUUUGUUGAGCACUGUGCAAUACUUGUAUGUGCAUCCCAUAGUGUUAACGUGGGUGGUGUUGCCCGAGGAAAAAAAAAAGAAAAAAGAUUCUAACCCUUGUGGAUGAUUCCAGUCCAGAUGUUUCUCCUUUCCAGUGAAACGGUUAGGACACAGCACACGUAGAUUCAGCUUACAGGUUGGAGCUUGACACCUUUCCACCUCUGUUUAGGGUUUCCUCCCUUCUCGCAGGUUCGUUAUUUUUCUUCUUGCACACAGUUCCAGCAUCAGAAGUUUCAGGGAGUAUUAGUUAAAUACCAAACAAGAUUCUACAUUUAAAUAUCCCCUUAAAAUGCCGUGUAUAUAUUUACAUAUUUGUGUCAAAAAAAUGUAUAUCUAGAAUAAAUAUAAAGUGACAUGAAUAUGAAUACUCAGCUGCAAAUAUCAUUUUAUCCAUCUCUCGUCCAUAUACUAUAUCUCAUCAUCAUUAUUUCAUUUUCAUUAAGUACUUUUUUUUGUUUGUUAACUGCCCUAUUGGUUCAAAAAAAUCCCUUUUAUAUUUGAGAUGAAAACUCUGAAUGUACAGUAUGGACUGUGUUGGUGUAGAUUACUUUAACCGUGAGAUUAGAUGUACUUUGCACUUUUUGUUGUAAAAAAAAAAAAUGUCCCUUUGUUUAUUUUUUUCAACUAGGAAUUUAUUUCAUAACCCUUUGGGUAAAAUCUCCCCUGUCUGAUUGCAUUCCGAAAUCAUACGUUAAUACAGCUGCACUUUUUUUAUUUGACAUGUUUUACAUAAUGUAGAUUCAUGAAUUCCAGUACAGCUUCAGAUUUAAAUGAAAACAAUGGAUUAAAGUACAGGGUAAAGGCUUUAUAAACUGGGCCUCAGCAAUCUGAUAUUCAUGCAAAAAAAGGUUGUACUUAUGGAAUUAUCCGAUCAAAGCUGAAAGAAAAUCAGAGUUACAACAGAAAUAAAUAUGUAUAAACCUAUCAGGGAAUUCAGUAACGGGCAGCAUUGCGCAACCCAUCGGAUUGCAAUGUGUGCGGAAAAAACCCCACAAAGCCAUUACCUGCAACGCAAUGCUCCUCUUAUUGUGAUUCCCUACCAAAGUAUGCAUGCAUAAUCAACACCCAAAAAUUCUCCUCUUGUAAGAAAAACAAAGCUCUCUGUGUGACAAGGAACUAAAGAUUCCCUCCAGUGGCUGUGACAAAAAGCCACGCUGACCUUUUGACCUUUCAAAAACAAAGCUGUGUAAAGUAUUAGAAUCUGAUGCUGUAGAAAGAUCCUAGUUGCCUUUGUGUAUAUCAACUGCCUGCUUGAGUAUUUUGUGUGUGGAAAUUUUUCUCUGUAAUCUCGUAGAACUGUUUGGGGUGUUUUUUCCUGCCAUAUCGCUCGCGGUGACGGCGAGCCGCUGACAGUUAUCUUUGCUGUGCAUACCUUCAUUUUUGACGAGGUGUUUUACAGUUUUGUUUCACUUUUGUGUAGUGAUUCACUCUGUGGAGUUUUCUGACUGUUGUUAUAUAACUUCAUAUACACAAAUGAUCAAUAAAAAUGUUUUAUUUCCUGUUGAUA